CAGCGGAUGGCGGACGGCCGAUGUUGACAUUCAAACAUGGCGGCAUGUCGUCAGUGCAGUGCUGUGUCGUGGUGAGUUGAAAUUUCCAUAAAAUUUCCCAAAAUUUCCAUCUACUCUGACUCGAAAACUUGUGUAACUAAGAACCUCAAAAUUUAGUGUCGAAAAUUCAAAGUUGUAACUACACUGGUAUCAUCUACUGUGAUCUACUCAAGAAAAUUAAUAAAUAAAAAAAGUGUAACCAUUGGCCUUAUGGACAAAACUAUCAACAGAAGUGUUUUCGACGAGUAUUACAGCACAAAACGCACCCAGCACGCAUUGAAGACAUCUGAGGAUUUUUAAGUUGACUUUUUACAUUUCACAUACAACCAUAAAAAUUUUGAGUGAACCAGGGACCUUAAAACCUUUUAAACGGGCUACAUCGUAUUUUUUUUUCAUUUAACUUGUAUAUUAUGAACUAAUAAGCUGCCAAAAAUAAAGGACGUCGAGUUUUCGAAUUUCGUUACGACCUUCGCGCGCCGCUGUGGUGCGGUGGCGCACCACCUCCCUUUAAUUUUUUCCUAUCCAUUUUUAUAUUAUUACAAAGCGUACAUUUAGUCAUUGUAUGUUAUUGUAUUGUGGGUAUUUUUGAAUACCGAUUUAACCGUUCUGUGAUAAUCGCUACACUUAAGAAACGAUAAGGAAACAAGUGACUAAAGAUAAAAAGAAGAUUUUUAAGGUAUAAACAAAGAAGAAUUAAAAGAAGCACUGAAUGAAUAACAUGUCGAACAAUCCUCAGUGGAAAUCGUUCCAGCCGCCCCCCGAUUCUUUGAACCAGGACUCUAUCAUUGAUUUUAAAAAUAUGACUAGUAACGGUAAACCAUCUGGAAGCCCAUUUGGCUUUAACAGAUCUGGCUCGAACUCACGUUUCAGUCAAGAUUUCCCGCUUCUUACCGGGGACAAGCCCAGUCCUAGCCAGAUGCCGUAUUCCAAUGGUCUGUACGGAUCAGCAAGCGCUACUCACACCAGUGCCAGAAACUUUCCUCCUAUAGGGACAUUCUCGUUGGACUCGAAUAAUGUUUUCAACAGUUCCGGGGACAGCGGUAUGAACAACUCGUCAUCAUCAAACAUAUUUUCCAACGGGAACAGUACCGGCUCAAGCAGUUUCAACAAUGACUCUUCGAAUUCUGCCAAUAUGGGCACCAGAGAGACUGGCAUAAUUGAAAAACUUCUUCAUUCGUAUGGCUUUAUUCAGUGCUGCGAGCGUCAGGCCCGGCUGUUUUUCCAUUUUAGCCAGUUUAGCGGCAACAUUGAACACUUGAAAAUCGGGGACCCGGUCGAGUUUGAAAUGACCUACGAUAGACGCACUGGUAAACCGAUUGCCAGUGCUGUAACCAAAAUCGCUCCCGAGGUUAUGAGCGAAGAACGUGUGACAGGUACCGUUACGACAGAGGUGAGGGGCGAAGGCUCGGGGGGAGACACUAUGGGAAGGAUCAGCUACGAAAACAGGGGCGAGUGCUUUUUCCUGCCUUACACUAAAGACGACGUUGAAGGAAACGUGGUCUUACGGUCGGGAGACAGAGUCAGCUUUCAAAUAGCCACUAAUAACCGGGGUAAUUUGGGAGCAUGUCACGUAAGACUGGAAAACCCAAAGCAUCCGGUAAAGUAUCAAGGAGUCGUUUGCUCCCUGAAAGACAGUUUCGGCUUUAUCGAGCGCGCCGACGUGGUAAAAGAGAUAUUUUUCCAUUUCUCCGAGGCGAAAACCAAAGAAGAGCUCCGAUUGGGCGACGACGUGGAGUACAUUAUACAAACGAGAAAUGGUGAUUCUUUUCAGGGCAAAGAGGUCGCGUGUAAUAUAACAAAACUGCCACCCGGUACCGUCAUUUUUGAGGAUCUGAAGCCGGAUACUUUGAAGGGGCAGGUGACCAAAGCGAUUGAUAAAAGCCCCAAGACUGCUAAUGAACCCUUGCCGGGGCGUAUCACUUAUAAGGUGUCGGAUUCUAAGGAGAUUAGGGAGAUAUCGUUCAGUGAAAAAGAUCAGAUGGGAGAUUUUACGCUAAGAUAUGGGGAUUGGGUGAAGUUCCAAAUUGCCACAGAUAGGAGAGAUGCUCUGGACCGAGCCACCCAUAUUGUUUUAUUAGAUGAAAGUUUUGCAGCUUCGGGGGAGAAGAGGGAACAAGGGGUUGUAGCAUCGCUAAAAGAAGGUUUUGGCUUUCUAAAAUGCGUGGAACGCGAAGCCCGUCUAUUUUUCCAUUUUAACGAGAUCCUAGACGUGAAUCGUACUAAUGAACUGCAAGUGGGCGACGAGUUUGAAUUCACCGUGAUCCAGGACCGCACUGAAACGAAUUCAUACACGAACGCUCACAAGGAGAAUCGGCAAAGUGCCAUCAGGAUGAAAUGGUUACCCGCCGGUACGGUCCAGUUCGAAAUCAGGAUUGAUAGUGACCUCAGUGGUACCAUAACCAAAGAAAUUCCGUCGGCCAAUAACUGGUUGAACCGUAGUCCCACUAAGAACCAAAACGGUUCCAAUGAACAGAACGAACCCGGUUUAAUUGGUUACACGGUUAACGGGAUUAAGAAAACUAUUACCUUUUAUGUUAAGGACUGUGAUGUUAAACACUUGCCGAGGAUUGGAGAUAAGGUACGAUUUGAUAUAAACCAAGUAAAACGAUCCAAAGAGUUCAUAGCGGUUAACGUGGAAAUAACACAGUCCGCAAUGCAAUCCAACGGGCUUAAGCAUAGCGCGAGUAGAACCGGCCAAAUUUACCAGGGUUUUAUUGCAGCAUUAAAAGACGGCUUCGGGUUCAUCGAGACUGUACAGCAUGACAAAGAAGUAUUCUUUCAUUUUAGCAAUUUCGAAGGGGAUGCCAACACUUUAGAACUGGGUCAGGAGGUGGAGUACAACUUGGGGGCGAGAGGAAACUCCGGUUCCUGCUCCUCCGCCGAAAACGUGAAAAUCAUCCCCAAAGGGAGCGUGGAACUACCAGCGGUGCACGGUGACAUCUUAGAGGGCAUAGUUAUAAGACCGUUACGAUCUGUCAAUCCGGAUCAGUCGGAAUAUUCCGGCUUGAUUAAAAUUCGAACGGAAAAUCCGGAAGAGAAGUCACCGGAAUACGAGUUCGGGAUUAUGGGGCUGGUUAAUAAAAGAGAAUUGUUACAAGUGGGUGACCAAGUGCAAUUUCAAGUGGACUCUACGAACCGGGCGGCUGGAAUUGUGGCGGUACGCAAGAAGCUACGCGCAACCGUAGAUGCGAUCAAGGGCCAUUUCGGAUUUUUGGCAUACGAAGUUGAGGAGGGUAAAAAAUUGUUUUUCCAUAUGACGGAGGUGAAGGAUAACGUUCAGUUGAACGUCGGGGAUACGGUAGAGUUUGUGCUAGUUACCAAUCAUCGGAGUGGAAAAUCUAGCGCCUGUAAUGUUAUUAAAGUUAGUGAUGUACAAGCAAGACCGGAAAGACUCAUGAGCAGACUACGAACAAUAUCACUGGACGACACAGGACCAAAACUACUGGUAGUUCGGCAACCGAAGGGCCCAGAUGGUACCAAGGGAUUCAACGAGGACCGCAGAACCAUACGGGUACCGGGUACAGUCAUUGAAUAAUAUUUCUCAUUCGCCAAACGAACAAAAAAAAUCUGAAAAAAGAAUUGUUUUUUUUUUGUCUUGACUUAUUGUGGUGUCUUACAGCAAAAAAAAAAACACGUUUUUAAUUCCUGAGUAUAUUACUCGAGUUUAUUGUCUGAAUUGUAGAAAAAAAAAGCAAAAACAUAGAAAUUGUUGAUGCCGAGGAACUGAAUUUUAUCCGAAACUAAUCUAAAGUGAAUAAAAUCGCUUAUUUUUUAUCGUUUGGUUUAUUUUUUGCGGAGCUAUUGAGGGGCAUUCGAGUGUUAAAAAUCACGUUAUAUUAAAGCUGCCUUAAAUGAAUUUAAUUAUGUGAACCCUUUUAGUUAUUUAGAUCGAGGUCGAGAAAAACAGAUAAUCCAAUCGACAAAUAUAAUAAAAUAAUAAAUGAAUACAAUGAAUUUAUUAUUAGAAAAAAAAUACAGAAUUAAGUUAAAAGUAUACUAAAAAAAAAACAAAAAAAAUAUAAACUAGAAAGACUGCAAGUAAAACUGUACAAUGUAAGAGUAGUCAUUAUAAUUUUUUUUUCUGUGUAAUUUUGGGAACUAUUUAGAUUUAUAUUAAUUAUAGUAGUGUUGCAGUCAAUGUGCAGUACCCGCAACAACUUUUGUGGCAAAACGUUAAUCAAUCGAAUCCCCGUAUGUUAACCUCUUUUUUUUCACAUCUAUUAAAAUUUGCCUUAACUUAAUUUAUUUAGAAAACGGUUGGGUUAAUAUACGGGGGGUCUAUUAUAUAAUCCUAUAAUUUUUAGUAGGUUAGGCGUAAGCAAACUUUGAUUUUUAUAACGCAAUAAGUUUUCUUUUUGUUUGUGUUUUUUUUAAGAGUUUUAUGCCAAAGCUUAAAGAUCUUGCUAUACAGGGUGGCUAUGGCUGCUUAGAAACCCUGCAUAGCUACCUAAUUAUCCUUUGCUUUUAAAUAUAUUCUAUGAAACUUAAUCUAAGGUACAGAAUAAAAUUUAAAAAAAGUGUAGGUGAUAAGGUCGUAGCCAUAAUAAAGACAUAAUUCUACUAUACUAUAGACGCGCAGCUUAGGUAUUUAGACUACAGUUAGGUUUUUUUUUUAAAAGUAACCAAAUUAAUUGUAAUCUUCCCCCAAGAAAGAAAAACUAAACAUAAGAUACUUCUCAUAACCUGUAUAUUGCGUUCACGUGACCAUGCCGUAUAAAACUGUUACGAUGGCCACGUGACCUUUUUUUUUAGGCGUAGGUACAUAUCGAUAAUAACAAACUUAUAAUAACAAUAAUCGCUUUGUGCUUUUUAUACAGACUGUCCCCACUUUUCCGGGACUGAUUAUUUUAUUAUAAUAAUAUAGAAAGCAGUUGCCUUUUUACGUAUAGGGAGUCUCAAAGAACAUAAUGUAUCGCGUUAAUAAAAACUAUUUUAGGAUGUUUGAGACGCCCUGUAUAGCCAGUGUUUUACUGCGACUGGAUUAUACUUAUGAAACUUCGUUUUACGAAGGAAUUUUGUAAAUCGGUGGUCGAAAGAGUUUAUUUAGACAAUAUUUGGAAUUGCUUGUGGGUAGUUUUGGAUCUUUCGGUUUAUGUCUUACUAGAAUAUGUUAAGAAUUGCAUUUUUUACUUUUGUUUUGGCUUUUUUCCAACAUUCAAAAAACAAGUUGAUAUUAUUGAUUCAUAUAGUUUAACAUCCUUAGUGUUACAGAGAAAGUGUAGCAGAUUUAGAACCUCAAAUAAAACUGAUUUUGCUCCCGAAGAAAUGCCGAAGUUUUGGCUGUUAUUAAGGCCAUCAUCAAGGCUAUUUUUGUUUAAAAAGGCAGCUUAUAUCCGAAGAAUGAGAACAUAAAAUCUGGUUUGGUUCGGUUUUUCUUUUACGCCUUUAGUUUUCUGAAAUCUAAAUAUCUGUCUGGAAAAUAUGAAAAACGCUUUUAACUGUCUUGAAAAAUCAAAAAUGCCUUAGUAAAGUCUAGUGCAACGAUAUAUUAGAAUGGUCACCCGUCAAAACAGCAGCAGUUUAUUUCUCAAAUGAUGUAAAUAGAAGUUGGAAAGAAUGGUUAGUUUUGACGGGUGACCAUUCUAAUAUAUCGUUGCACUGGACUUUACAUAACCCUUUCUAUCCCGGGCCUUAAUUUGCAUGUUGGUCCCUCAAACCCAAAGGUUUUUCCAUGCUUAGAGUCCCAUUGCCUUAUAUAUACGUCGCAUAUAAAUAAACAAAUAAAUGACCAAACAACGUUUUUUUAAUGAGCUUUUUUUAACAAACUUAAACGGUUUCUUUUCAAAAGUACUCAGAGAGCAAAAACAACUUAAAAAAAUGUAACUAACUUAAAAAAAAAUUUAUGUAAAUUAACAUUAAAAGUUUUCUUUUGUGUGAUACGCCUCAAAACAUGGCACUACACAAAGGCCGACUCCACAUCUUGCACACAUGUAUCUCGAUUCGCUUCUUUUUUUCUGGUUUUUUCUGUGGCUACAGACACAUCGCUUCACUUUCUUAUCAGGAACUGAACUAGGAAAAUGUCGCCCUUUGAGCCUUUGAGGAUUCUUGGUUAAAGGGUUUAUACUGUUUUUUUCAUGUUUAUGUCUGAAACAAGAUGAAGAAAUAAAUGCACAAUAAAAAAAAAUAUUACAAACUUACCUAUCAAAAAGUGCCCCUAUAAUGGUAAGUUGAUAAUCUGCAAGAGGUAACCUUUCUGAAGAUUAGGUCAAGUAGAGUGCAUGUGCGUUAAGAAGAGACAGAUCAACCAUGUGGAAAAAUAGCUUUUUAUACCAUUUUGUGGUCUUUCUUACACAUUCCGUGGAGCUCAACAUCAUAUCUGAUCGAUCUAUUACACCCAUAUUUUCGUUGUAAUUUAUAACAACCGCUGGUUUUUGUAUGGACUUUUUGGUCUUGAAAUCUACUUUGUCUAACGUUACCAUGCGAUCUUCAUGAAAAGUAGUCAGCAUCAAAACAUCACGCCUAUCCUUUCAUUUCAGGCAAAGCAGAUUUUCGGCACACAUCGAGAUAUAUUCGCCUUUAGAUAAUUUUUGAGUUAAAUUGGGCAUCUCUUUACGAUUAGCACGAACUGUCCCGCAGGAAUUAGUCUUAUGUUUAUGCAGGUAUGUACACAAAGUAGGGCUAGUGUACCAGUUGUCUGUAUACAGGUUAUGGCCUUUAUUCUAAUAUGCUUCCAUAAGAUUUGCUACUACUGAGCCUGAUAUUCCAAGAUCUUGGAACAGAGUUAUAUCUGUCGAUUUUCCAGUAUAGACAAGAACACCUAGUACAUAUCCUGUCUCGCAGUCACAUAGAAAAAGUUUUAUUCCAAAACGAGUGAAGUACUUUUGGAACUGUGUUGUAAUUUUAUUGAGCACUGUUCGCAGUUUGUGAAAAGAAUCACCUUCUUUUUGCUCAGCAUUAUCUGAAAAGUGUGGCAUGCCAACUUGGCAUUGCCAAGGAUUGCUUGGAAACGAUUCCUUGACAUUAUUUCGGAAAAUAUUGGUGUAUGAAGCAACUUAUCAGUUGCCCAGUUUUCCUUUCUUUAUUUUUUCCAUGUCGUGAGGCUAAGAACGUAACACCCAAAACACACGUAAAAUUCGUUGAUAUCAGUUUCGCGCCAUUUAUUAUUUUUAUUUGCAUAAACCUCGAAAGCAUAUUUGUUGGUUUCAGAGACAAUAAUCUCAACUGAGUAUAUAUCUGAGUCCAUAAAUAAAAGAAAAUACGAAGUCGGGUCAAUAAGUCCGUGACUUUUUGGAUAAAAGACAAGUUUUUAUAUAAAAAGUUAUUUUAUUUUUCAACAUAGUCUCCUUUGAGUUCUAUACACUUAGUCCAACGUUUCUCCAAUUGUUUUAUCCCUUCGAAAAAAUAUGAUUUGUCGAGGUCAUCAAAAUAGGCAUUUGUUUGAGAGAUUAUUUUGUCGUUGGAGUCAAAUCUCUUUCUGCCGAGCCAUUUCUUUAAAUUUGGGAAUUUGCCAUGGAAACUGCACAUGUGUGGACCAUUGCAUUGUCCUGGUGGAAAAGAACUUUUUUUUGGCCAAAUGUGGUCUUUUUUCUUUCAGUUCCUCAUUGAAUCUAUCCAAUAAGUUGGUAUAAUAUUCUCCAUUGAUUGUUUUCCCCUUUUGAAGAUAGUCAAUGUGGAUUAUACCGCGUGCAUCCCAAAAAACGGUCGCCAUGACUUUAUUGGCUGACAAACCCACCUUUGCCUUCUUGGGCGCCGAUUCACCCCGAGAAAUCCACUGUUUUGACUGCUGUUUGGUCUCCGGCGUAUUGUGGUGGAUCCACGUUUCGUCCGCACGCAAACGACGCAAAAAUUCGUCCAUAUUGCGGUUGAAUAACGCCAAACACUCCUGGGAAAUUGUCACACGGUUGCGUUUGUGGUCGAUUGUGAGCAAACGCGGCACCCAUCUUGCGGAAAGCUUUCUCAUACCCAAAUGAUCAUUCAAAAUUGAAACUACUGAACCAUGUGAGAUGCCUAUGGCUUCCACAAUCUCUCUCACUUUCAAUCUCCGAUCGGCUAAAACCAUAUCGUGAAUUGUUUCGAUUGUUUUGGAUGUAGAGACCUCGACUGGGCGUCCAGAACGUUCGGCAUCUUCCGUGCUUGUACGGCCACAUCGAAAUUCAGUAAACCACUUCUUUACCAUGGAAAUGGAUGUUGCAGAGUCCCCAUAAUAUUUAUCAAGCUUAGCCUUGGUUUGAGUGAUGGUUUUUUCCGUAAAAAAUAAUGCUUAAUGAGCACAUGAAAUUCACUUUUUUCCAUUUUCUUCUCAAAACGAGUGGUAGUCUGCUAUCAACAGCUCUCAAACACAAAAUAAAUGACGCAGCUUGUUCAAAUUUUGACAGGCGUCAACUGACAGUUCUCUGUUGACAGGAGCAGAGUUACCAUUUCCAUUAAAGGGCGGGAAAUUUAAAAAGUCACGGGCUUAUUGACCCGCCCUCGUAACUUAAAGCAUGUGACUUAUUUUCUUUGGAGUCCAAGUGUGCGCCGGUCUCUCUAUCAUCAAAAUCAUGCACUACGGGAAUAAACGGAGUUUUAUUCCAUUUCAGAACCAAAUUUUGUUUUAGGGCCAAAUUAUCUGGAAUCGCUUCAGGUGACCUUAUUAUUUGUGUUUCUGUUUUCACCAUCAACGGGAUUUUCUUCGUCAGAUAACUCAUUAUUGCUAUUUUCGACUUCAUCAAAUAUAACUUCAUUUAUCUCAUCAUCUUCAUCCGAAUCGGGAUAAUACUCACUGCCACUAGACACAUAUGGCUCUUCAUCGGAGUCUAACAUCUCCAACAUAUCGUCAUAUUCCUGUUUUAAUAGCACACAAAAGUCUCCACACUUCAUACCUUUUACGCUUAGAACCACGUGCUUUACUCAUAUUACGCGCGCGAUUGCGACUGUUGUGCUCGAAAUUAUUUUUAAAACUCAAUUCUCAACACGCGAAAUCGUUCAACCGACCUGCAGCUUCACCUUCGAACUAUGCAUGUAACAGUAUUGCCACCAGUGCUAAAAUAUAGCAUAUCUAAAAUAAGUGAACAAAUAUAUACGGCAGUGGGUCCGCAUGACCUGUCUUAGGUGCCAACAUUUUGCGGCUUUGGGAACAAUAAUCUAACAUUUUCGGACAUAUUUCUACGGCAUUGGGACACCAAUGGGUCUAAAAUUUUAUAAGCAACGCAUAUUUUCGGCUUUGGUAAAUUGAGACCAUAACACCUUGAACGUAUAUAUACGGCGGCUGGGACUACAGACCCACUUUUAAAAAAACAUAUAUAUGCGGCGUUGGGACAGAAAGGGUUAAAGAAAUAAUGCUUUCAAUUGCGACAUUCGGACUUGGAAGGAAAUAUUAAUUUAAUUGCGAAACCUUCUGAAAAUUACUUUAUUUGCCUUGAAAAUGUCACAAACGACGAAUAGAACUGGCUAAAAUACUAAACAUGUCUUAAAUACUUAAUGCUCCAUCUACCUGUAAGAACUUAAAAUUUGAACUCCUUAUUUGGAAAAAGAGUGUUUUUAUUCAAAAGCAUCUUUUAAAUAAUUCUAAUCCUCGCCAGCCUAGGAAUUAUUUUCUCUGUUUGAUUAGUGACUUUUUGAAAUUAUGGAAGUCAAGCUUAAAUAUUGGGACUCCUACCUAAUGUUAAUAGUAAAGCUGACGUAUUUUCCAAAUAAGUCUUUAUAAUACUUAAGGUUGUUGUUUCUUUUUACUUUAAUACAUUGUUAAUUGAAUACUACUUUACUGACUAAUAGUCAUGCUUUUUAGUCAUUGGAUUCAAAAUAACGGAGCUACUAUAAUUAUGACUUCAUUUGUACCGCCGUUAUUUGUCAAUUAUUGUUAUUUGUAAUAUUAGGAAUUUUUAAAAAAUGUAGGAAUCCUUAAAUGUAAUUGAAAUAAUACACAAUACCAAACUGAGAUAGCACAGAUGUUAUACCUACUUGAAAUGGCCCUUUGCGCGUUAUUUGACCAUGUUGCCUCUUCUUUUAGUGUCCUUAUUUGCCUGAACUGGAAAAAAAAAUAUUCGGAAUUUUCGUAAAAGCUUUAAUAAUUUCGACUUUUUUAAAAACUUAAGCUCUAUUAUGCACAGUGGGAUAAAAUCAGUGACAAACAAAUCAUUUUUUUACCUUUAACCAAUUAAUGCUAGAAUUUCUUGGACUUUUUUUGACAUAAUAUAUGUUUAAUAUAUAUUUAACACAUUGUCCUGACAUGCGAGCUACAUUCUUCAUCUGCGCAACGUUUUCGAUUUUUAUUGAGGUGGAAAUUACCAAAAAGUGUUGCAUGCCAUUGUAUUGAAGGUCGCCAGGAACUCUAUUUCGGUAUAAAGAAGUUUUUUAUAUAGGCGGUCUUCCUGCCCUUUGAGGACGUACACCGAAAGUCUGGAGAUAGGUUAGUAGAGACUAACACGCGUCUUACUUUUAAUUGUGACAUACGACCAUUUCCAAUUAUGUUGCCAAGCAUUUAAAUUGAACCACCGUUAUUUCUUUCCAAUACAAUAUUCAGCAAUAUUUCGAUCUAUGCAGUCUAUUCCUCCGAUAUUAUUACACUUAUAGAAAUGAGUUACGGCGUACAUUUGCAAUUGGCUCUCUACCAUAGCUUAGUUGAUGCAACAGUAACUGUACUAUUAUCCACCCAUUUAACGACAAUAUCUAUUAUAGAUUCGUUUAUGUAUUCGUUCGACUGCCUCUUUUUUUCUUGGCCAUACUUUUUUUGUUAGUCAGGGGACACGUUUCAGGAAGGCUGUCCUCUCCAAUUAUUCCUGUAGCUUCAUAUCCGUUGUCUUGAAGAAAUUUCAACAAAGCAAAACCAGCAAAUAAAUUGUCAAAGCAUAAUUUAUAUAGUUAAAACCCGUUUGCAUUUACCAGAUCAUCUAACAUCGAAACUAAUGGUGCAGCCGGUUUUCCAAAUUCCUUUUUCUAGUUUUUAGAUCUAAGACGAUUGUUGCUUUGGUACAUUGCAAAAUCGACUGAGUACCCCGAAGGGUAAUCAGACACCACAUCUUGUACCCAAAAUUGAUUGGUUUACCUCGCAUGAAUUAUUUACAUCCACGUCCACCAUAAUAUUUUACCAUCCUCCAAAAGUACCAAGCAGUUAUUUUUUACUUGUGUCAAAAUGGAGAAAUCGGUACAACUUCCAAAAACGAUAACGACACAUAGUAUUAACUAACUCAUUUCUCAUGUUUAAACUUUCGUCCCAAUAAAACCUUUUCCCUGGAAGCGCGAUAUAGCUAGUGAUGGAGAAUGUGAAUAUGAGAAUCGCCAAAAAACGUGUAAUGUUUUUCUUAGUCAUUUUUGGAUCCACAUGAUUUAAAUUAAAGCAUAUUUUCGAGGUUUCGCUAUAAAAAGGGCUAUAAAGGAUUCAUCAAGAAACUUUUUAAAUAAGUCGAUUACACUUGUGUCUUUAUGACUGGUAAAUGAACUUUUAGAAAGAAUACGCGGAUAAAAAUUUCCUUGAACCCAUUUUAAUUUCUGUCACAGGAUAAUGAGUAUUUUUAGCUGGAACAUCUCUAGUUAUGGAUGAUUCUCCAAGCCUAUUUCCAUUAGAUAAUACUAUCUCAGCUAGUAACUUUAAGUGAGAUCCUGGUUGUCAAGAAUACUACCAGUUUCUUUCUGUAACCAUUACCCUAGGUGCUAUUGAGUUGGAUUGGGAAAGAAUAAAAUUAUGAUUUGAAUAAAUAUAUGUUGCCCAGUAGAGUUUCUUGACACAAGUCAAUACUUUUCUGUAAUCAUUAUCUAUUUUCAGUUUAAUUUUACAACUAUAAGAGUAAGAUUCUCGUUAGCAGUUACAAAAACUUUACAGAAACAGAACAGAAUUAGCUCUGAAGAUGACUUAGAAAAAGAUCGAAAAGUCGAUUUUACAUUUGAAACAAAAUCGUAAUUUUGACGUAGCAAAGUUCCUAGGAGAAAUCCAAAAAGCUUUUAAUUCAUAAAGACCAAUAUUUCUUUUGAAGAAUUGUUUUUUGUGUUAGAAAUACCAUGUACAGUGCACGAUCUCUAAUUCACCAUAAAAAAUAUAUUUUGAAGUCUGGGCAACUAAACAUAUCAUAUAAUAUUUAUAUCAUAAUUUUAAUAAGACCUUUGCACCAUUUUGGUAUAAUAUUUGAUGCAGCGUAGGCUAAAAUUCAAACAUAAUAUAAAAUUCUUGACAAAAUUUGAAAAACUUUUUCCGUCCUACAGUUUACUGAAAACUUCAAACUAAUUGUUAACACUUUACUUGGAAAAAGCAUCUUUUUCAGUCAAAAACGUUUUUGAUUGUCUAAAUAGGUAAAGUGAAUAUUAGGAAACUAAGAAUUUCCAGUUUUUCAAAAACUUAUGAUCUUUGAUACACAGUGGGCCAGAAUUUGUUUUUGAAGAAGCUUUUGAAAAGGCAGUUUAAAUUUAUAAAACUAAGGAAAUACAACUCUCGUUAGCACUUGAGCAAGCUGCUUUUUCGAGCAGAAGUAGGCCUGAAGGUAGCCUAAACAAAGACUGAAACAUAGACAUUUUUUCUGGAACAAAAUCGGUUUAAUUUGUGGUCCUAAAUUUGCUGCAAUAUCUCUCGAAUUUUCAUGUUACUAUCAAACUAUUUUAGUGUUUAAGACAUUAGAAUUUUUCGUCAUUUUUCCACACCUGAAAAAAACCAAAAUGUUGAAUUAUUUGGUCUUAGUUUGAGCUUUUACAGAGUGAGCCACAAGUCCCAAUUCUUGGACAAAUUAAAAAAAAAAAUAUUUUUGUUCUAGAAAUAACCUAAAAAAUGCAUUUGACUGACUCUGUAAUUACAAAAAAAUGCAAUAAUUAAUAAAAUCAGAAAAUUUUCCUAAAUUACUUGGAUUAUUUUGGAGGUUUAGUCCAGGAAUUUUCAGUUCUGGGUCAACUAAACAUACGAACCAUCAUUCAAAAAUAAUUUUCAUAAGGCUUUUGCAUCAUUUCACUAUAAUAUUUAAUGCAUAGUGAUCCAAAAUGCCUAGACAAAACCUAAAAAGCAUUGUUUUAUGACUUUAUACAGUUUGACCUUGAUAAAACUUUUUCGCCCACCGUAACCACCCGAAUCCCGGGUGUAAAAGCCCAAUAAAUAACAUGAACCAUACAGCAAAUUUCCAGUAAAGUAGAUUUCCACCGUGGCCUUGCUUUGUGUAUUUUCGACCCACUGUGAUAGUUUAGUCAUUUUUUUAUUUGGACCUAAGUCAACGGGACGAGGUUUUUACUUUAAAUUCUUUUAGACCCAUACCCGUUUUUAUUUUAUAUAUUGUGGCAAAAUUGCUUGGUAUGCAUGAUUUGUAAGGGAAACCCAGUUUUUUCCCAGAUGUUUAUUAUGCGUAUGAAGCAAAAAUGAUGAUCGAAUUAGAGGUACAUGCAUUCACUUUUGUCUUUUUUUUUGGUAUUUUGAAUGUUUAUAUUGGGAAAUGUAUUGUUGCAUAAUAAUUAGAUAAAAUUGAUAAAAAUAUUGUUCUUGCUGAUGUGGGUACUGUGAUGCUGAUGAUGUUUAUGAAUUUAAGUGACUUGGAUUAUCCUAAUUGUAUAAUUGUUUUGAUUUAAUUGAGGCGAAAAGAAAUAAAAGUGACAUGAUUAUUAUUUA